AUGGGAGCCCAAACCAAACUUGGAGGGGACAGAACAGUAAAGCCUGGGCCCGCGGACUACUGCACAGGAAAGGUGAUUACUGCACCGAGGCUUCCAACAAGCACGUCUUUAAGUGCCCGCCUGUGCAGUCCAUGGCCUUCCAGCACGAGGCUGUCAGAGCAGACCACCCUCCAGGCUUUGGAGGCACCCACCAGCAUGGACGGAGCCUUUGUGGGGACGUGGAGACCUCACCGCCCACGCGGCCCAAUCAUGGCCCAGUUCACCAGCCCUGGGCCCAAGUACUCCAUCCCAGGGGCAACAGGUUUCGUGGGCCACAGUCCCACCAAAAGCCGAGCCCCUGCUUACACCUGCAGAGGGACCAAACCGCCCAUGACAGGCAGCUGCGGUCCUGGUCCCCAGUACCUUGUGGAGCCUGCCAUCACCAGGACUGGGAAGUAUGUGCCUCCAGGCACCCACAUCCGGGGACUUCCCAAAAUAAAAACCACGGUGACACCCGGACCAAGCGAUUACUUCAUCGAGACGUCCAACAAGCACGUCUUUAAGUGCCCGCCUGUGCAGUCCAUGGCCUUCUGGCGUGAGGCUGUCAAAAGAGACCACCCUCCAGGCCCUGGCACCUACACCUUACCCAGGCUGAUGGGACCCAACACAGCCUACACAACUGCCAGCCCGUGCUACUCCAUGAAAUGGAAGAGCAAGCACGAUCGCUUCGAUGCGGACCUCUCUAAGACUCCAGGUCCCGCCGCAUUCCCAAAGAUUGAGGUGGAUGCCUACAAAAGAAGGGCACCCGUCUACACCAUGGGAGCCCAAACCAAACUUGGAGGGGACAGAACAGUAAAGCCUGGGCCCGCGGACUACUGCACAGGAAAGGUGACGCUGAUCAAGCCCCGGGCACCUGAAACCACUUUUGGAAUCCGGCACUCCAUCUACACAACUCCGCUCAUAGUGGAAUAA